CUUAAAGUUAGACAAGUAAAUAAAAGAUUAAACAAUUAUAAUGUUUGCCUGCUAAAUGUACAAAUAACUUGAAAAUAAAACUAAUAAAGCUUUGCAAUUAUGUUUACUUACGAUGUAAAGUUUUUAACAAGCGACGACUUAAUUUAUUUAAAAAACAAUGACUUUAAAAGUUACAAAUAUGAAAGUAAGAAGAAACUUGACGAAUCUAUACAUGAUAUAGGAAAAAGAAGUUAUUGUGAGAGACGCGGAGGUUAUUGGCGAUCACCGAGGCCGCGCCAACUACGACAAUUGGAGUCAAAACUUCGUGACCGAAAUAUAGUUUACUGUGAAUGGGUUAAUGAAUCCCUUAUCGUAAUUGUAUUUUCGUCAGGUGUCAUAGCCUACAUUACAGUCAAAUAUAGUACAUUAGAUGUAACACAAAUACUCUUUGAUAGAUAUUGUAUUGGAAAAAUAAACAGUCAAACAGUUACUGGUGUUGUUUUAUGUAAGAAACUCUUAUUAUUAAUACACAUGGACAAAGUGGCAACUUUGAUCACAUUCGGAAAGACAAUAGACAAUGAUACACCAUGUCAGAUAUCAGACAGAGAUCCUCACUUACAAAUACUAGAUCUUGGAGGAUGUAUGCGAAAAGUUGAUCGUAGAGUUUCUUGGUGUGAGAGCUCGAAUUAUGUGAGGGUAUUGAUCUGGGGAGCCACUGUAUCGGAACCAGCACCGUGGAGUCCUGUGCUUGAAGAUCAUGCUAAUCUUCAUUUAUACCAGAUUGUUGGGCAUCAAGUCUCCCUAUUAGCAUACCACCAACUAGAGAAUGAAGUGUUAUUUGCUGAACUCUCACAUAAACAUGAUCACAUUAUUCACAUUGUCGAACAAAUUGCGUGUCACAAGACAGGAGCAAGUUUAGCGUGGCACAGAUACGAACUACCGCAGGGCAGCAAUCGAAUGACGAAGUUAUCUUCACUUCAUGAGAAUACGAUAAAAGUAUCAUUACCCGCGCCUGCGCGGGUAGCGAGGCGCUCUCCGUGUGAUAUUAGAAUUCUAGUGGCUUGUAUAGACGCUUCCAUACACGUGAUACACAACGUUGCUGGGCUCACUCAUUCUACAAAAGCUGGCUUUAUAGCGACAGACGUGCGGUGGGCGGGCGAACUGAUAGUGGCAGCUGAGGAGGCAGGUCGUCUGCAGUGUUUCGAUCGCGCCCUGUCUCUACUGCAUCACCAUUCUAAGUGCCUAGACCUCACGUCUUAUAUGCGUGAGUCAAAGCGAGUGCAGUUACUGGCGACUCAGAGUCGUAGAGGAGGGUCGCUUAUUCUGGCGACACUCGCUGGAGGACCGCUGGUGCUGUUGCGAAUAACACACCCGCGUUUACUAACGGCGUGGCUACGGUCGAAGCGCUUCGCGAACGCGGUGGCUCUGCUGCGAGCGCUGGAGUGGGACGAGGCGGGCGCGGAGUGUCUGCGCGCGACGCGGGCCGCGGUGCGCGCGGGCGCGGCGGGCGGCGCGACGGGCGCGCAGCUGGCGCUGGGCGCGUACCUGGCACCGCGCGCGCCGCUGCCCGUCGCCGCGCACAAGUACGCGCCCGCCGUGCACGACCUGGCAAGGAAAUUCUUCCACCAUUUGUUGAGGCGAGGUCAUAUAGAAAAAGCCCUCAGUCUAGCUGUGGACUUGGAAGCUUGGGACCUUUUCGCCGACGCGCGCUGGGCUGCCAAGAGACUGAACCUGUCACAUCUCGCUGAGGAAGCUGCUAACUGUGCUGCUUAUUAUGCAAAAUUAAAUAGACCCGAUUCAGAAUGUUCAGAAUCCUGUUCACAGUGCAGCUCGCAUUCAUAUACCGGCUCAGAAGAAGAAUCCAGUACAUCAUCUAAAGCAAUAAAAACGAACCCACCACCUUUACCGAGGGUACCGUUACCAUCCCACCCUUCAAUACUAACAGUGCCUAUAAACCAGAAUGACACUUAUACAACUACCAGUAUUCGACCAAAUCUUCACCAAUAUUUAGAAAGAGACAGUACAAUCUGGGGUAAAAAUGUCCAAGACGACUCUUAUAUCAGUAAUAAUAGCAAGCGAGAACCAAUAAAACCUAUUCAUUCUCAAAAUAUGCGAUGGAACAGUAUGGACAAUGUAUUAAAUAUACAAAGAACACUUAAAAACUCCACUAGCUAUGGGACUCUACGUGUAAACCAGGCUCACAAUAUGUUAGAGGUUAUUCCUCGUUCACAAGACGAAAAGAUAUCAGCUCACUUUAAACAUUUGUUUCAAACUGAAUUGAGAGAAGACACAAAUAAUGGUCAAUUUUCUUCCAAUGUGCCAUCAACUAAUAGUAAUUUCAACGAAAGAUAUCGCCAAGAUAACUUUUGCACGGGUGUUAAACCCGAGAAGAACAAAGUGAAGUUUUCAGAUACAGUGACUGUCACCGUCGUUCCGAAACACCAAACACAGGAGAGGCCUGGACCGGACCCGUCACACGAGCUGGCGGACAGCUUGCCGCUGUGCGCGCCACACCGCUACCUCGCCGCCUUCGCGCCGCACGCGCCGCCCGCCCCGCCGCACGCCCCGCCGCACGCCCCGCCGCACGCCCCGCCGCACGCCCCGCCGCACGCCCCGCCGCACGCCCCGCCCGAGAACGCCACGAAGCCGUUAAAAAUCAAAGUCGUCCAUUUUGGCAUGGUGUAGUUAUGUCAAUAAUGUUAAUGAAUUAUCUUCAAUAUUCCGUCCAUUUAUUGCUAUAAGCUUUAAAUUAGCUAUAUGUUUAAAAUGUAUAAAGUAUAGAGUAAAAAUGUAUUUUCUAUCAAUGUUUACACCGUGACUACCUCUUCUAGUAUUAUGAUCAAAUCGAUCUUCGUUUUUCCUAAAAAAUGU